CCCCCGCCGUCCCGCCGGUGCGAGGGGCGGGCGGGUAGGGAGGGUGCCGCCGGCUCCGCCGCCAGCUGCCCGUGGAGGGGGACACAGGGGCCGCUCCCGAUGCUGCGGUGGCUGAUCGGCGGCGGCCGGGAGCCGCAGGGCCUGGCGGAGAAAUCAUCUGUACAGACAAUUGGUGAAGAACAAAUACAGAAUCCUUACACGGAGCUCCUUGUGUUGAAAGGUCACCAAGAUAUAGUACGGUUUCUAGUGCAAAUAGAUGAUUGCAGGUUUGCAUCUGCAGGAGAUGAUGGAAUCAUAUUUCUGUGGAAUGCUCAGACUGGAGAAAAACUUUUUGAACUUCAUGGACACACACACAAAAUUACAGCCAUAGCACCGUUUUCUUCAUCAGAUGAUUCUCAAGAAAAAAAACAUUUGAUUUUAACAGCAUCAGCUGACAGAACAGUUAUUGUUUGGGACUGCACUAGUGGCAGGCAGGUUCAGAAAGUGUCAUGUUUCCAUUCUACUGUAAAGUGUUUGACAGUUCUGCAAAGACUGGAUGUAUGGUUGUCUGGAGGGAGUGAUCUAUGUGUUUGGAACCGAAAAUUAGAUCUCUUGUGUAAGACCAGUCAUCUUACUGAUGCAGGUAUCAGUGCUUUGCUUGAAUUGCCUAAAAAUUGUGUUGCAGCAGCUGUUGGCAAAGAGUUAAUAAUUUUUAGGCUGGUUGCUUCUAAUAAUGGGUCUGAAGGUUGGAAUGUCCUUGAAGUGAAACGCCUUGUUGACCAUCAGGAUAACAUUUUGUCAUUAGUCAGUGUGAAUGACUUGACUUUUGUGACUGGUUCUCAUGUGGGUGAGUUAAUAGUUUGGGAUGCACUUGACUGGACAAAGCAGGCCUCUGAGUGCAACUUCUGGGACUCCUCUGUUCAUCCAGAUGUACAGCCGGAAAUAAAGUUAUCCCAAAGCCCAAAUGAAACUUCAGUUCAACACUUGACGUCUGAUGAGGAGUGUGUGUUUGCUGCUGUUGGGAAAGGCAUAUACGUAUAUAAUCUUCAAAUGAAGCGUGUGAUUGCCUGCCAGAGAACUGCUCACGACUCCUCUGUACUGCACAUUGAGAAGCUUCCAAACAGGCAGCUGAUCUCCUGUUCAGAAGAUGGCAGUGUGCGCAUUUGGGAGCUCCGAGAAAAGCAGCAGCUUCCAGCUGAACCAGUUCCAACAGGGUUUUUCAACAUGUGGGGAUUUGGAAGGGUAAACAAGCAGGCAAACCAGGCUGCUAAGAAGAUGCAGGAGAGUACACCUGUGUAUUUCUUGGAGCUGGUGGGUGAUUUGAUUGGUCAUUCAUCAGCUGUGCAGAUGUUCCUGUACUUUGGUGAACUGGGACUGGCAACGUGCUCUGCUGACCACCUCAUCAUUUUGUGGAAGGAUGGUGAACGAGAAUCUAGACUCCGCAGUUUAACACUGUUUCAAAAACUGGCACAAAAUGGUGAUUUGCAGCACACAUUUUAAGUUGCUCAAAUGCAGAAUACAUACAUACGCAUAAAUUGGAUGUGUAUGAAAUGUGAGUAUAAAAGAAAGCCUGAGCUACUGGGAAUGUGACUACCAGUAAGGUUUACACUUAAUGUCAUGUAUUAUAUUGUAAUUUUUAUUGGUUGCUGAUACUCUUCUCAAAGGAGUAUUUUGCAUGUUGAAACUUAAUUUUGGCUUACUCUUCCAGUAGAAAUGAUGUUCUCUUGAAAGACUGAUGGUAAUGAUGACUCAUUAAAUAGCUUGUAAUAUUUUUCCUAGUGUUUUAAAAAUAUGUUGGGUGGAUGUCAAAAUUCAGAUUUGUGAAGAUCCUUAGAUGGGUCAUAACUAAAGCAGCUGGGGGCAUUCGACAGUAUUAUGUGCAGAAAGGAUGCACAAAAUAAAGUAUCUCAGACUUGCAGCUUUAUGUAACUUAUUUCUUGAAGCUAAUCUUUGGUCACUGGUGCCUCAGAUUUAUGUAUCUACAUAAAACCCCAAAAGAAACAGUUCUCAAACAGAACUUUUGCAUUUGAAGUUACUAUGCUGCACCAAGAGCAAGCGCAAGAAAGAAAAGUUGGCAAUACAUGUUUUGUCAGGUUUAAAUUUUUGGCAAAGCAAGGUGUAUAGAUACUGCUUGCUUCCAGUAGCUGCAGUUUUAGUGUGGGUUAAUCUACACUACUGGAGUUUAUAGAGCACUGUUAACAUGGCUAGCAUGAAGUGUGAUUAGUUUAGCUGAGCAUUCAUCAAAUUCAUUUAUAUAUAAUAAAAAGCACUGGCCUUACCGUGGAUUUUCAGGAUGUAAAAUACUUUCUUGAGCAGUAGCACUUGAUGUGUUUCAGUACCAGCAAAACACUUCUGCCAGAUCAAUACUAAACUCUCAGCUGAGCUGACUGCAAAGAAAUCUGCACCAAGUUUGUAAGGAUAAAUAGUAUUUUUAGAGUUUUAAAAUAAAAAGCCUCUUAAGUACAUAAUUUUUUUUUAUCAAGUCUGAGAUAGCAGCAGUUGUGUGCAAGCUGAACAGGAGUAGGAAAAACCCCAAACUAAAACAAAAAUGACAAACCAAAGUGACAGAAACCCAAAAGAAAAGAAAGUGAAGUUAAACCCAGAACUGAUACAAAGUAGUUGAGAAGGAAGAGAAGAUAAUGGGUGGUGAGUCACUGUUGGAACAGAGCAGAGCUGAAGAAGCGGGGAGUUUGGAAACUUAGUGGUCUUAAAGCCAUGUAGAAGAGAGUGCCACUGUCCUCAGGUCUAUUCAGAAGAUCUAGCACUUCAACAGUUUAGUCUUGCGCAGCUUUCAGUGCCAUCUCUUUGAAUUGAUGAGAACUAUUUUCAGUACAGGAGAUAACAGGGCUGUAAUUCCAGACUUAAGAUCCAGCAGCUGCAGUAAUUAAAAUUAAAACAAAGAGCUAAGCAGAUCCUGAUGAGUAGAAGCAAAAGGAGGAAGCUUCAGCUUCCUCAAAGAAACAAAGGAACCUUUUAGAUGUGCUUCCCUCAACCCCCAUGGACGCCUGCCUUCCCCCUACCACCCAGUAGCCAAGUUUUGCCUCUUGACUCUUGCCUCAAUCUUCCCUGGAAGGCAGGACAGAGGGACAGUAAAAUUUUGAGCUGUAUUUUUUUUCUCUGCUUUAAUCAACUUGUAUAACUAAUCUUAUUUGAGUGUAGAGCUCAAUAUGGCAUAUUUCGAAAACACAAAAUGGGUGGAGAAGUUGUGAAAUUACCUUCUCCUUUCAAUUUAGGAAGUCAGUGUUAGAUCUUGAGCUGUUUGUUCUUUGCUCAGAGUGUCUGUUCUACAGACCAGCAUAGGAAAGGCGUUUGGAUUACAGCUGAUGAUAACAUUCCUUUUGGUUUAUGGUAUUAAACUUGUGGGAGGAAAGCAUGAGCCCUUCUGCCUGUCAAUCUGCAUUGUUCCAGGUUGUCUUCGUCAGCAAGUGUUGCAUUUUUGGCUACCCCAGUGCAAGCUGGGACAUCAGUUCCUCUGGCUCUUUUUUCCUUUUUUCAAUUGAGAUGUAACUGUUUAGUUGUAUAUAAAGUGUGUGUUUACACAUUGUUACUAAAACUUUACAGCAAAAGCUUAUGAAAUUUAGGGGAUUGGGAUUUUUUUUUUAGAUGCUAGUGCUGUCAUUAGUUAAAACUAGAAAGAAGAAACAUCAUCUUUUUAUUAUCUCUUCGUCCUAUACCCUGAGAAUGAUUUCAUUUUUAUGUGACUGCUUUUAAGUGAGAAACAGACCUAUUUAACUGAGCAGUUCUAGUCACAAAGCUCACUGUGCAUUUUACAGGGAUGUAAUUCAGCUCUAAAUAGCCCUACAUGUGUGUAUAAAUAUUUUUAUCUAUCAAAAGCGCAUUGUUCUCAGAUACACUCCAUUGGUAAUAGAUCUCCCAAGGGUCUCUUCCUUUAAAGAUGGUUGAGUUGAAAGUAUUAAAUUGAGUUCUUUAUUUUACAAAUGAACUUUGAGUGUAACAGUGAACACAGUAAGGCUGUGCUACCCUACUCCUGUUAAAUAAGAGUUUGUCACUUGCUGGUGGGAAGUGCAGAGAGCAAAAUUAGGAUAAGCAGGUUAGAAAUUUUAUGUUGACCUUUGUCCUUUUAAAUUUCUGUUUCCAUCUCACAGUAACAUCGAAUUCCAUAUGUUCACAUCAUGAGAGUAAGUAUCUUUGUCAGACCUACCCUUUGAGCUGUUACAGCUCUGAGGUGGCUGUUUUACCUGUCUGUGCACUGCCAGUGGCAUGAAACAAGCAGCUGUUGGUCAAGCGUACAGGUUAGAGACUAGGUGAUCUGACACAGCUUGCAGAUGAUAAUUAAUCUAUGCUGGCUUCUUUUGCUCUUAAAGAGGACAUAUCUCCACAUAAAUGACUUUUUUUGCUAAGUCUCUGACUGCAGGAAGAAACCCAGGAUCUUGCAAGAAAUACACUGAUUCCACAUUAAUGCCUUAACUCAUGAACCAGAACUGACAGUGAACUUUAUUUCUUAGGUUCCUUCCACCAUUCACAUUUUCUUCCUUGUGACAGAAUUGUGAAAGAAAUAAUGAACUGAAAUGUUUUACAUGGAUGUGGUCUUACAGUGUUGCUGUAUUUGAUGAAUUAAAUUAAGAUGACAAA